GCAACUCCGUUAAUAUUUUUUCCGUUUUCUUUCAGGGAAGAGAAAAAAAAAACACAGACCUCUCUUUUCUCUCUUCAUGUUUUCAUCGAUAGUGGAAGAGAUCAAGUGAAAGAAAAACACUCAGAUCUGGAAAUUCAGCUUCUUAGAUCUAUGAAUUUUCAAAUUCGUUGAUCCAUUUUUCCGCUUCAAUCGUCUCCGAUCUGAUUUCAUCAGCUUCGUACCGCUCCGGUCAUGAAUCCAUUCUCUUCCGGCACGCGUCUCAGCGACAUGAUUCGAGCUAUACGUGCGAGUAAAACCGCUGCUGAGGAACGUGCUGUUGUGAGGAAAGAAUGUGCUGCGAUCCGUGCUUCGAUUAAUGAAAAUGACCAGGACUAUAGACAUCGGGAUCUAGCGAAGCUUAUGUUCAUUCAUAUGCUUGGUUACCCUACUCAUUUUGGGCAAAUGGAAUGCUUGAAGUUAAUUGCUUCUCCUGGAUUUCCUGAGAAGAGGAUUGGUUAUCUUGGAUUAAUGUUGCUUCUUGAUGAAAGGCAAGAAGUAUUAAUGCUUGUCACCAACUCGCUGAAGCAAGAUCUGAAUCACACGAACCAGUACAUUGUGGGGCUUGCUCUCUGUGCUUUAGGAAAUAUUUGUUCAGCAGAAAUGGCUCGUGAUCUCGCCCCUGAAGUUGAACGAUUACUUCAGUUUCGUGAUCCAAAUAUACGCAAGAAAGCAGCUCUUUGCGCGAUAAGGAUCAUCAGAAAAGUUCCGGAUCUUUCUGAGAACUUUAUUAAUCCUGGUGCUGCUUUACUCAAAGAAAAGCAUCAUGGUGUUCUCAUUACGGGAGUUCACCUUUGCACAGAAAUCUGUAAAGUCAGUUCCGAAGCCCUUGAAUAUUUCCGGAAGAAAUGCACAGAGGGCUUGGUUAAAACCCUGAGAGAUAUUGCAAACAGUCCAUAUUCACCUGAGUAUGACGUCGCUGGAAUUACGGAUCCAUUCCUUCACAUCAGAUUGCUCAAACUGUUGCGUGUUUUGGGCCAAGGGGAUGCAGAUGCCAGUGACUGUAUGAAUGAUAUACUUGCUCAGGUGGCAUCAAAAACCGAGUCAAACAAAAAUGCAGGGAAUGCUAUCCUAUACGAAUGCGUUCAAACGAUAAUGAGCAUCGAAGAAAAUGGUGGCCUACGAGUCCUUGCAAUCAAUAUCUUAGGAAAAUUCUUGUCCAACCGAGAUAAUAACAUCAGAUACGUAGCAUUAAACAUGCUGAUGAGAUCCUUAACUGUUGAUUCCCAAGCGGUUCAAAGACACAGAGCUACAAUCCUGGAGUGUGUUAAGGAUUCAGAUGCUUCAAUUCAGAAAAGGGCACUUGAGCUUAUUUACCUUCUAGUGAAUGAGAAUAACGUGAAGCCACUAGCAAAGGAGCUUAUAGAAUAUUUGGAAGUAAGCGAACAAGAUUUUAAAGGAGAUCUUACUGCAAAGAUAUGCUCCAUAGUUGAAAAGUUUGCUCCAGAGAAAAUCUGGUACAUUGAUCAAAUGCUAAAGGUUCUAUCUGAGGCUGGAACUUAUGUGAAAGAGGAUGUAUGGCACGCGCUGAUUGUUGUAAUAACAAAUGCCCCUGAUCUCCAUGGGUACACUGUCAGGGCUUUGUAUAGAGCAUUACAUACAUCUUUUGAACAGGAAACUCUUGUGCGCGUUGCAAUAUGGUGCAUAGGAGAAUAUGCUGAUCUGUUGGUUAACAAUGCUGGAAUGCUUGACUUAGAAGAUCCAAUAACGGUAACAGAAUCAGAUGCAGUGGAUGUUGUCGAGAAUGCUAUUAAGCAUCAUUUAUCAGAUGUCACAACUAAGGCAAUGGCACUCAUUGCUCUGUUAAAGAUCUCAUCUCGUUUCCCAUCCUGUUCAGAGAGAGUUAAAAGUAUUAUAGGACAGAACAAAGGUAGCUUUGUCUUAGAACUUCAACAAAGAUCCCUGGAGUUCAGUUCAGUUAUUCAAAAGCAUCAGAAUAUAAGAUCUUCUCUGGUUGAAAGAAUGCCGGUCCUUGAUGAGGCAACAUUUAGUGGAAGGAGAGCUGGUUCUUUACCAGCAUCUGUGUCAACUUCUGGAAAAUCUCCGCUUGGUAUUCCAAACGGUGUUGCUAAAGCAGCAGCUCCUCUUGUUGAUUUACUCGAUCUGGGCUCUGAUGAUACUCCUGCGCCUACCUCCUCCAGUAACAACUUUCUUCAAGAUCUUCUUGGUGUUGAUUUAUCGCAGCCUUCAGCACAACCUGGUGCCAUGCAGCCAUCGCAAGCUGGUGCGGAUAUUCUUAUGGAUCUGUUGUCAAUCGGAACUCCUGCCCCUGUGCAAAAUGGCUCGGCGAAUGGAGACUUAUUAUCUAUUCAAGAUAACAAUGCUCCAAUAGCGCCUUCUUUGACUUCUCCCACUGCGCCUUCUUCGAUGAUGGAUUUAUUGGAUGGAUUUGGUCCCACCCCACCAAAGAGCGAGGACAAGAGUGCAGCAUAUCCGUCCAUUGUUGCAUUUGAAAGCAGCUCCUUGAAGAUUGAGUUCAACUUCACAAAGCAAUCAGAAAAUCCUCAAACGACAGACAUUGUGGCCAAUUUCAUAAAUCUUACUCCUAACGUGUACACAGAAUUUCUUUUCCAGGCUGCAGUUCCAAAGAACAAUUCUGCCAUGUGCUUGGUUCUUAACGUUCCACAUUUUUAUGGUCGUGAUAGUGAUAGAUUCAUGUUUUUUGCAAAGUUCUUAUUAGUGGAAAUACUUGGAACUUUUCUACAACUUCACCUGGAUCCCGCUAGCAGCAAUUCUCUUCCAGCUAACGGAAACAUCAAACAAACUAUGAGAGUUACAAAUAGCCAAAAGGGGAAGAAACCCAUUGUGAUGCGGAUGAGGGUAGGUUACAAGAUUAAUGGCAAAGAUGUGUUGGAGGAAGGACAAAUCAACAAUUUCCCACGUGGGUUAUGAGAACGUUUCAGGUAUUCCAAGAUUCAUAUACAUAUUCCUAAUUUAUAUAAUCACUUCCCAUAGACUAAAACAAACUUCUUCAUAGAACCUUUGUAUGUGUGAUUCGUUGGCUUUGUGUGAAAUCUGGGUUUAAAGUGAGAUAACUUUUUGAUGGUCUGAGUUACUUAUGAGAAUGUGUGACGUCAAAUGUAUUCUUCUUGCUGCUUCAAGUUCUUCUCUAUCAUUUAUAUCAUUAAUAAAACGUUUUUGUUUUUUCCAUAGUAACAUUUUGAGAAAACAAUUUAUUAUUAGUUUAGAAAAUAACUUAUUUUGUCUUUUGUAAUAACGAAGAUUUUCAUCA